UACGGAGUAGAAUUUCAAUCUAAUUAAUAUAUACAAAUGCAAUUUAUGAUUCGCUGUUUUCUAGGUACAGUUUCUUCAACAACUCCAAGUCAAAGCUUAAUUGCUGUAGAAAUACCAAAGAAAGGUUCAAGUACAACUUUUCAUAAAGGUGACGAAUUUACUUCAACCAAAAGUCAAAACACACUUGCUACAAGGAAAGGUUCUAACGCUAGUUUUGAUAUAAAUGCAGUGAUUGGUGGUACACUAGGUGCAUGUUCUUUGAUUAUUGUGUUAGUUGUGCUGAUUGUAUGCAAAGUGAGAUCAAAGGGGAUUUUUACAGAUUCGAAUACUCAUAAUUAUGAAGACACUAGUCGUGUGAACUUUUCAACGACAACAUACGAGGAUCUCGACAAUAAAAAGCAUACGAAUUUAACAGCAACAACAAAUCAAACUUGUGUCAUUGAUGAAGCCAGUACACCAGUAUAUGAAGAAGUAAAUAAAAAUUGAGAAACCGGGAAAUACUAUAUCAAAAUAAGAGUAUGUCCGUAGUGAUAUUAUCAAUGGUUCAUCAUUUAUUUUUUCCGUUGACUGACUGAAUACUAGCGGAAUAGACUGUAAGA